GCUCCAAAGAACUUUGAAGAGCGCCUGCGCGAGCCGACUCGUUCCUUUCUCCUCGUUGGUCGUCUGAAGGCAAGAUGGGUCACCAGCAGCUCUACUGGAGUCACCCACGGAAGUUCGGCCAGGGUUCCCGCUCUUGCCGCGUCUGCUCCAACCGCCACGGCCUGAUCCGCAAAUACGGGCUGAACAUGUGCCGCCAGUGCUUCCGGCAGUACGCGAAGGACAUAGGCUUCAUUAAGUUGGACUAAGCCACCUUGAUUCGACUGACUACCAAGUGGAAUGGAUCAUGCUGGUCUUUGUGCACAAAGAAUAAAAAUGUGAAGAACUUUAA